UCGAACCUGCUUGUUAUCCCAGGUAGGUAGUAGGUACCGCAUACACAAUACGGAUUCCGAACUAUCAGACUAUGGUUGCCUAAUAACUUACGCACAUCGGUUUCGGAGUGUGAUGCGUUUUUUUUACCCUGGUCUAGCUGAACCGCAUCCUGAGCGGCCGCCACUCACCAGCCCAAGGCACACCUGAGAACUUGAAGUCUUAUUGAAACUGGCCAGUUUUAGCCCCCGCGCGACCUUCCUCACCAACCCAGAGCCACGCCGCAAUUGGUAAGAUGAGUGAUGCGAUGGAGGUAGAUGCCCCCCGCGGCGCCAAGCGGAAAGCCGAUGUACUUGACGACACUGCCACUCCUCGUCGGAUCAAGGCGCUCGACCAGGAUGUAGUAAACAAGAUCGCCGCCGGGGAAAUCAUCGUCGCACCGGUGCACGCGCUGAAGGAGUUGAUGGAGAAUGCCGUGGACGCAGGAUCUACGUCCAUCGAGGUUGUCGUAAAGGAUGGAGGCCUCAAGCUGCUGCAAAUCACCGAUAACGGCUGCGGCAUUGAUAAAGAAGACCUUCCCGUACUGUGUGAGCGCUUCACCACCUCCAAGUUGCAGAAGUUUGAGGACCUCCAGACCAUCGCCACCUAUGGCUUCCGCGGAGAGGCUCUGGCCAGCAUCAGCCACAUUGCGCAUCUCACAGUAACCACCAAGACGCGGGACUCCAAUUGUGCCUGGCGGGCCUACUAUGACGGCGGGAAACUGGUGCCUGCGAAGCCUGGCCAGUCGCCUGACCCGAAGCCCGUGGCAGGCCGGCAGGGCACGCAGAUCACAGUCGACGACCUCUUCUACAACGUGCCUACACGGCGGCGCGCCUUCCGCUCCGCUUCGGACGAGUACAACAAAAUCAUUGACAUGGUUGGGCGGUACGCGAUCCACUGCUCCAGCGUCGCCUUUUCUUGUAAGAAGCAUGGCGAGUCUUCGACAAGCAUUGCCGUGCAGGCCAACGCCUCCUGCGUCGACAGGAUAAGGCAGAUCUACGGGAGCAGCAUUUCGAACGAGCUCACCGAGUUCUCCACCUCCGAUGACCGCUGGGCGUUCCAGGCUUGGGGUCUAGCCACCAAUGCCAAUUACAGUACCAAAAAGACGACGAUUCUCCUGUUCAUCAACCACAGGUGUGUUGAGUCGUCCAAUAUCCGGAGAGCUAUUGAGCAGACAUACUCGGCUUUCCUCCCCAAAAAUGGCCACCCUUUUGUGUAUCUGAGCCUCGAGAUCGACCCGCGUCGCGUAGAUGUGAACGUCCAUCCCACAAAGAGGGAGGUGAACUUCCUCAACGAGGACGAAAUCAUCCAAGCCAUCUGCGAGCACAUCCGCUCAAAACUGGCCGCGGUCGAUGCCAGCCGCACAUUUCUCACGCAAAGCCUACUGCCGGGUGGCACCUGGCCAGGCCCAUCCCUCGACCAACAGCAGUCCGCGGCUGCGGCUCCUGCUUCCAAGACAAGUGGCGGAUCCGCCCGAAGGACUUCGGCCCGCCCAAACGAGAACAAUCUGGUGCGGACAGACACCAACCUGCGCAAGAUUACCAGCAUGUUGCCUCCGGCGGCGGGUGCUGGUGCCGGUGUGUUGACGUCUGGUGUUCGGACACCCCACAACGGUGAUGCCGAGACGGUCGAGUACGAGACGGUCGACCGUGACGUGACGGCCUGCCGCCUCAUCAGCAUCCGCGAGCUGCGUGCUGCGGUCCGGGAGGCUAUGCACCACGAGCUGACCGAGAUAUUCGCAAACCACACCUUCGUCGGCGUGGUCGACGAGCGGCGGCGCCUGGCUGCCAUCCAGGGCGGCGUCAAGCUGUACCUGGUCGACUACGGCCGAGUCUGCUUCGAGUACUUCUACCAGCUGGGUCUGACCGACUUUGGCAAUUUUGGCGUUGUCCGCUUUAGCCCUCCGCUCGAUCUGACGGAGCUGCUCACCCUGGCUGCCCAGCAGGAGAAGGAUGCCGUCGCCACGGGGGAUGGUGACAACGACAACGACAACGACAACGACAACGACAACGGCAACGGCAAGGAUGAAGCUGAAGAUUUCGAUGUUGCCGAGAUUGUCGACCUAGUCGCCCAGCAGCUAAUUGAGCGGCGCGAGAUGCUGCUCGAGUACUUCUCGCUCGAGAUCUCCCCCACCGGCGAGCUGCUCAGUAUCCCGCUGUUGGUGAAGGGAUACACGCCGGCCAUCGCCAAGCUGCCGCACUUCCUCCUGCGGUUGGGUCCGCAUGUGAACUGGACCGAGGAGAAAGCAUGCUUCGAGAGUUUCCUCAAGGAGCUCGCGUCGUUUUAUGUCCCCGAGCAGCUCCCCGCCACUGCACCCAAGAGUGACGAGAGCGCUGCCGCCGACCGGAUGGACAUUGAAGAUGACGACAUCAAGGCCCGCCGGGGCCAUGUUCUCUGGGCUGUCGAGCAUGUCCUCUUCCCGGCGUUCAAGGCCAGGCUGGUGGCCACCAAGUCGCUGAUGCAGGGGUCCAUACUCGAGGUUGCCAACCUGAAGGGAUUGUAUCGCGUAUUUGAGCGGUGUUAGUGACUGGCGUUUUUGCUCUGUCCGGAUCAACGCACUUGGGCUUGUUGUUUGCUUUCGAGGUUCUGGUGUUCACAGGCGUGGCUGGGUAAUGGUGCUCGGACCGGUUGAUGGCAUUGCUGGUACCUAGGAUAAUAAGGCCGGAGUUAGCUUUGUCCUAGUGACCAGCUGGUAUGGCGUGUAGAUGAAUGGGUACUUAUGUUUCUGACUCUUAGAUCUUCUAUCCGGUCCUCAGGGAUUCCUUUGUACUGACUUGUAUGUAUGUACGUACAUACCUACAUACAUGCAUGCAUACACACUACGUUUUGCAGACUGAACUCGUUAUGGUGUGU